AUGUCUCUCAGGUUCUACAGGACGCCCGGUGCUGAGCGGCCGUGGCGUCCGCCCGUCAUGGACGAAGACUGCCGGCGGUACCGCCGCCGAACAAAACGAAGUAACAAAUGGAUUCCACCAAGGUUGGCUUUCGAGGAGGUGAUCAGAAAUAAUACAGAAUCGCCCUGCUCAUUAAAUGACUUUAUGGACUAUCUGGUUUAUGUCGAGCAAGACGCCGAACCCCUCCAGUUCUUCCUUUGGUACUGCGGUUACGUACAGUCCUGGACUGCGUUAUCGCCCGAGGAACGUGCUCUUGCACCUCGUUGGGAUCCGGAUCGUGGUAGGAAACUCACUGCCAAGGAGCGGAGGGCCAAAAACUCGAGUAAAGUUAGCAACAUUCUCGAAUUGCUUGAUGAAGAGAGCAACUACAACAACGACGUGGGAAAGCACAGCCGUAACGCAUCCGCCACGACCAACUUUUCUCUCCCAAAAGCGACACCAACCAAGGAGAAUGAGAAGGAGGCGGAGGAGACGAUAUCGGGACCUGCAUCAACAUCAUUUCAACCGUUCCGCCCCGAUAUCACAGCUGUCGUAAACCACUACAUCAGCCCCAACGCUCCCCGCCGCCUCAAUCUUACAAAAGACGACCGCACUGCCGUCUUAACAGCAGCAGCUUCCACAACACACCCCUCUGCCCUGCUCCCAGCCUUUGAGAAGGCCGAGGCCCUCCUUCGCGGGAAACUCCACCCGAACUUCAUCCGCCACAGCAUUUCCAACACUAACAGCGCGGCGACGAACAUCCUUCGCCUGCUCGGCCUAAUCUUGGUCGUCAUCGGCAUCGCCCUGGACAUCGCAUUCAUCCUCUCGUCCAUUUCGCAGUAUUACCGCCUCCUCUCAACUCCGUUUCUAUUCUCGGGCCUGGCCAUUCUCGUGGCUGCUUUGGACGGUGUGUCCCUGUCUCUCCAUCUCUCACGGAGGCGCCACGUCCGACCAUGGGAGGUUCCCGAUCUGGAAACCGGCACCGGGGCCAAUAAACAACACCGUCGAGCCGCUACUGCGGAGACCGUUUCGGGAGCUGUGGACCCGCUCCGCAAGCCCACUCUGCAGACUCUCGGCCCGGAGAACGUGUUUGCGAACGAGGAGUGGGUCACUACGUACCAGAGCCGAUGGCUGUGGCGGCGGGUAUUCGAGCGGAGCAUCGUGAGCAAGAACAAGCACCUCCGCAUCUUGCAGGACGGCGUCGUCGCCUCAGCGGCGCUGUGGGCUGGGCUGACGACUAUCGGACUCGGCAUCGGUUCCAUUUUUAUACCCGCAUAUAAUCUAUUUUGA